AUGGAGAAACUCUGUUUCCAGCACUCUGUUUCUCUCUUUGUGACAAUGCUAGUGAUUCUUCUUCUUCUUCUUCCUCGUCUCACUCUUUCUUCUUCUUCUACAUACACUCGUCCCGAGAAGUUCUACGUCAACUGUGGGACAGAUUCCAACGUCACUUACGGUGGUCGAACUUUCAUCGGAGAUAUGUCCUCCGGUGAUGACGACUCCUUUUCCUUCGACAACAAAGCAACAGACACCGCCAACAAUUCUGAACCGUCCACUUCCCCGGAGAUCUAUCAAACGGCCAGGAUCUUCACAAGCCAUUCUUCCUACAAGUUCCAAAUCGACUCCUUUGGUCCACACUUCGUCCGUCUCCAUUUCUCCGCCGUCUCUUCAAAAACAGAGCUUUUAACUGCUCGUUUCACUCUCUCUGGUGCUUCUUCUCCUUCUAACAACCAUUACUUCAAAAGCUUCACGCUUCAGAACUUCAACGAGACUCCACGAGUCGAAGAGUUUCUUCUGAUGAUCGACUCGCCGGAACUCAAACUCCGAUUCGUCCCCGAUCCUUCUUCUGUAGCUUUCAUCAACGCCAUCGAAGUCUUCUCUGCUCCUAACGACCUCACGAUCCCGUCUUCAGACUCCGACGUCAAUCAUCUUCAUACGGUUUACAGAUUAAACGUCGGAGGAGCCAAAAUCACGCCGGAAAACGAUACAUUGGGACGAUCUUGGUCGCAAGACGAUAACUUCCUCUACAAGAAAGAUUCUGCAAGAAACAUUCAAUCAACACAAAUGCUUAACUACAAGUCAGCGACAGCGACUGCAUUCACUGCUCCUUAUUUCGUCUACCAGACUGCGAAAACGAUGAAGAAUCGUACCUCGAUGAAUGUUACUUGGUCGUUGAAGGUUAAAAGUUACUAUACACACUUCAUUAGGUUUCACUUCUGCGAUGUCUUGAGCAACACGUCACAAAACUCUGAUGGUUUCUAUCUCUAUGUAAACGGACAAUGGAGAGUACAUGUGAAGCCUAUUGGCUUGUUGACUCCGUUUUACAUCGAUGUCGUGAAUGUCACUGAUGGUUCUGGUCUCUUGAAUGUUAGCAUUGGUGCUAAGGAUCUUGACAAGAAUGCUGGUUUCUUGAAUGGUCUUGAGGUGAUGGAGUUUCUGACAAAUUCUGAUUCUUCAGAUAAAAGUAGCUCUUGGGUUUACAUUAUCAUUCCCUGUUGUGUUGCUGCUGCGUUGGUUCUUGUCUUGAGUUUGUUGUUUACGGUUUUCUUGAAAAGGAGGAGAUCCAAGAACAAGAAGAAGAAGUUAGACGCUGAGGCCAUUAUGUGGUCUCCUUCGCAACUGUACAGAGAUAGUAGUUCCAACAAUAGUCCUUUCUUUUCGGAUGACAGCGAUUCGCCGUUACAGUUAGGCUUGAAGAUCCCCUUCGCUGACGUUUUGAGAGCUACAAACAGUUUCGACGAGCAGCGGUUGAUCGGGAAAGGCGGUUUCGGCGAUGUCUACAGAGCUGUUCUACAAGAUGGAAGCAAAGCAGCUAUCAAGAGAGGCAAGACUGGCUCAGGACAAGGGGUGUUGGAGUUUCAAACAGAGAUUCAAGUCUUGUCAAGAAUCCGCCACAGGCAUCUCGUUUCUCUGACAGGCUACUGCGAAGAGAACUCGGAGAUGAUUCUUGUUUACGAGUUUAUGGAGAAAGGUACUCUCAAAGAGCAUCUCUACGGCUCUGAUGAUUCCCCUUCGUUGACAUGGAGACAGAGGCUAGAGAUUUGCAUUGGAGCAGCUAGAGGUUUGCAUUAUCUACACAGUGGCUUAGAAGAAGCAAUCAUUCACAGAGACGUCAAAUCCACAAACAUAUUACUAGACGAGAACGUCCAAGCCAAAGUUGCGGAUUUCGGGUUAUCGAAACUCACGGUUCGUAAUCAAGAUCCUGUCGGUAGUCUCAGCAGUAACGUGAAAGGAACGUUUGGUUACCUUGAUCCUGAGUAUAUGCUGACGCAUAUCUUGACGGAGAAGUCAGAUGUGUACGCGUUCGGUGUUGUUCUCCUCGAGGUCUUGUGCGCAAGACCGGCUCUGGAACAUGAUCUUGCUAACAAGAUUGUGAAUCUUGCAGUGUGGGCGAUGCUCCACAAAUCCAAAGGGACAGUGAACGAGAUCGUGGAUCCGAAACUGACAGGGCAAAUCGAGCAAGAUUCUCUGAGGAAGUUCAUGGAAAUCGCAGAGAAAUGUCUCAAGAACUUCGGUGAAGAUAGGCCAAGCAUGGCGGAUGUGAUUUGUGAGCUUGAAUACGUUUUACAGCUUCACAGAGAAGCUCAAGAACUUCAAGAACCGUUACGAAGUUAA